AUGUCCAAACCAAUUGGUCUUUUUGAAUUAGAUAAAGCUAGAAAGUUGCUUCCUAUACCACAAACAACAAUUAAUUUAGAGGCUGUUGUUGCAAAAAUUGCUGCUUUACUUGACCAUUGGAAAGUACAAACUAGUCAGAAAGGUGUUCUUACAGCCUCCCAGGGAGGUUUUAACUUUGGUGUUAGGGAAGAAUGA